AUGGGUUUGUGUUGCUUAUGGAUUUGGGCCUGCUGGAACAUAUUCUUCCAGCGGCUGAGUAUGAGUACAAGUACAAGUGCUUCUGUGUUUAUCAAUGGAGACGCCGCCAUAGCUGAGACGGAUGCUGAUUUUAUAUGCGCCACUUUAGACUGGUGGCCGCCUGAGAAAUGCGAUUAUGGGACUUGCAGUUGGGGAAAUGCUUCUUUGCUUAAUUUGGAUCUUGAAAGUUCACUACUAGAAAAUGCUGUGAAGGCUUUUGAUCCAUUGAAAAUAAGAUUGGGUGGAACAUUGCAAGAUAAAGUCAUAUAUGAUGUUGGUGAUCUCAAGCAGCUUUGUCAUCCUUUUGCCGAAAAUGUUUCUCUAAUGUUUGGGUUUACAGAUGGAUGCCUUCCCAUGUCAAGAUGGGAUGCCCUAAACUUGUUUUUCAAGAAAACUGGGGUUGUGGUAGCAUUUGGAUUGAAUGCUUUGAAUGGAAGGAAAGAAGUAUCAACAGGUGUGUUGGGAGGACCUUGGGAUUCAACUAAUGCUUAUGAUUUUAUCCAAUAUACAGUUGAUCAUGGUUAUCAAAUAAAUUCAUGGGAGCUAGGAAAUGAGUUGAGUGGAAAUGGUGUUGGAACAAGAAUCAAUGCUAUGCAAUAUGCAACUGAUGUAAUUAACCUUAAUAAGAUGCUACAAAAUAUUUAUAAGGAUUUUCAAGUAAAACCCCAACUUAUUGCACCUGGUGGAUUCUUUGAUGCAAAUUGGUUUAAGGAAUUUCUUCAACAAUCAGGACCAAACAUUGUAGACGUCGUUACACACCAUAUCUACAAUCUGGGGCCAGGUGUAGAUCAACAUCUUUUGGAGAAGAUAUUAGAUCCAUCUUAUCUUAGCCAAGAAGAGUCUACAUUCCAAAGCCUCAAAACCAUCUUGGAGAAUUAUGGGCCUUGGUCAAGUUCUUGGGUUGGUGAAGCUGGUGGAGCUUAUAACAGUGGGCGCAAUCUUGUCACUAAUUCUUUUGUCUUUAGUUUCUGGUAUCUAGAUCAACUUGGCAUGGCAUCUAUAUACAAUACAAAGUCUUAUUGCAGGCAAAGCUUGAUCGGUGGUAAUUAUGGCCUUCUGAAUACAACUACUUAUGUGCCAAAUCCUGAUUAUUAUAGUGCACUUCUUUGGCACCGACUAAUGGGAGAGCGUGUUUUAUCUCUAAAUUCAAAUGGAACACAAUACAUGCGGGCUUAUGCACAUUGUGCUAAGAACAAUACAGGAGUCACCUUACUCUUCAUCAAUCUUAGCAAACUGGAUGAGAUCAUAGUUGAUAUAUCUACUUACUCUCAAAAUGAAGGGCAAAAUAAUCUUUCAACAAGGACUGAUUUGAUAAAAGAUAAAUCUAGACUAGAGUAUCACUUAACUGCCAAAGAUAGAGAUUUACAUAGUCAGACUAUGCUUCUCAAUGGAGAAAUUUUGGAUGUAACUCCCAAGGGAGACAUACCACCUUUAGAACCAAUAGAGGUAAAUCCAGAAACACCCAUUUCAAUAGCUCCUUUAUCUAUUGUAUUUGUAUCUCUUCCUUAUGUCCAACUUGUAGCAUGUAUUAGGUAG